AUGAGCAUCCAAACCCUGGCGAGGGAAGGGGGGGCUGGGAAGCAGGACGGGGCGGAGGGGAGCCUGGCCCAAGAAGAGAGCUGGCCGGCUGACCCCAGCGGUGACAGGCAGGUGCCCGGGGAGCACCCCUCAGAGCCCCGGAGCAUCUCCGUGCUGCCCCUGCGGUGGAGGAUGACGCACAGCUCCCGCUGGGUAGCGCGGGUGCUGGCCUCCGAGCUCAGCCUCGUCGCCUUCAUCCUGCUGCUGGCCAUGGUGUUCUCCAAGAAGUGGCUGUGCCUCUCCGGGAGCCGCGUCUACCAGCGCUGGCCCACCAACGUCAGCGCGAGAAUCUACACGUCGGCUCGUCUCAUGUCCAUGGGGCUCCUGCACAUCUGCAAAUCCAAGAGCUGCUCCAGCUCCGAAAACGGGAAAGAUAGUUUUAAGCUGUGGGAAAAUCACCCGGUCUUCGGGGUGGCCCGGAUAACCUUCUGCCUGACCCUGGGGCUGGGCUUUGUCUUCACCGUCUGGUUGCACCUGCCGUAUCUACCUGGUCUGAAGAGACUGCCCUUCUUUAGUUGGAUCGGGACCAUCCUGAGCUUCUUUGAAGUUACCUUUAUCUUCUCCACCCUCCUGCUGUUCCCUAUUAACCUCUGGAUCUUUGAGUUGAAGAGGAAUUUAUCUGUCCCCAUCGGAUGGAGCUAUUUCAUAGGCUGGCUGGUGUUUGUCCUGUAUGUCACCUGCGCGGCCCUCUGCCACUUCAACCACAAACACUUCUGGAGCGUGAUUAUGAACUGUCCCAGCCGGGCCGCGUCCUGCAGCAAUGGUUCCAGCUCAGUACAGAACUUUCCGAGUGAGCUGGGGGUCUCACACGCCUCGGUCAAGCAGGAGGAAAUCCUGGAUCCGGAGCGAAAGAAGGCAUCUCCGUAACCUUUUCCGAAAUCCUGGCGCCAACUUCGGCCGCCCCUCGUCCGAAUCCCUCUCCUCAUCCUUUCUCGAA